AUGCCACCGCUUUCAGAAAAAAGCUACUCGCCCGCAGAGGUCGCUGCAGUUCUUCUGGACUUCUAUCUAUUCUUGACAACACUUCAUUACGAUGCUCAGUACCUCAAACUUCCCCCAGCAGAAGGCUGGCCCGGCAUGGAACCCUUAUUGAAAAGCCUUGGGAGCUCAGAUAUAGUCGGCCAAGUCAUAAAGCGCAUUCCCUACUUUGACAACGACUGCAAAGCUUUCAUCCACUAUCAGUCUCGACUGGUAGACUAUCCAACCCUGCCUCAGGAUUGUUAUGAUGAGGUUAUGUGGGGGAGAGUAACGGGAUCAGAUGAGAUAUAUUCAGAGCGACGACAGAUUAUCAUUGACAUGCGCGAUGUUUUCCCACUGGCUACUGGCCGCGAAGCCUGGGGCAAAAACAUCUGGUUGAAUGUGAGAGAUGGGGAAAUUACUCUAGAAGAACGCCUGAUGCAUGACCUCCCCCAAGUCGACCUGAAAGUGUUUUUCGAAGGAUUAAAGCAAGACUAUAUCAAUCUCAAGAUUAUACCCUGUCGCGGACGGACCACUAUCGAAGCCGGGAAAGUUAAAGAGCGGGGAGAGAUCAUCACGGAGGAAGACGUGAUUGCACAGGAAGGGGAAUGGGGCACACACCUGGAUAUCCAGUAUAUCAGGCAGCUGUACCGGGGCUUCGGAUGGCCCCAUGCCUUUAGGAGAGAUGAAGCUUUCGAUGCUGUCGACCAGCUGAUGGAGAGACUUGGAGAACAUCGGGAUGAAUGGGAGCCCACGGAGGAGGAUUGGGACGAGGACAAUCACUGGUGUUGA